AUGUGCUAUCAAUUAUAUCAAUAUGUAAGAAUUCAUCGACGUUAUUUCAUUCCUUUUCUUCAUAUUACCAUUUGUUUAGGUGUAUUAUUACCUUUGUUAUUAUGUGAAUCCGAAUUACAUCGAGUUGUUUUCAUUGAACAGGAUUUCAUUCAUUUCGUAUGCUUUUUCGCCUUUCUCAGUAUUUCGUUUAUUACUUAUGGUUUGACAAGUUGCAUUGAUCCAGGCUAUUUGACUGCUGAAAAGGCUAGAUGGUUUCGACAUCGACGUGGUCAUAUUUCGUUAACUAGUGACUUUGGUGAUGAACGACCUAUGUAUGUUAAUGAAUAUGAUACCGAUAUAAAUUAUAAGAAAUUGAAAUUAGACCAGAAUCAUUCACAAUUAGAAUCAUGCUUUCAACAAGUUGACCGCUCUGAAACUCAAUGUACAAUCGAAGAAAAUAACACUGUUCAAACAAAACCAAAUCAAUUCUCUAUGAAUUUGAAAAAAAGUUGGCCAAAUAAUUUAUGCUCUAAAAUGAAUGCAGAUUGUGAAGUUUUAGUUAAUUUAUCUAUUCCUAUUAGAUUUUGUAAUCAUUGUCUCCUAGAGCAACCAUUGCGUUGUCGUCAUUGUCCAGAUUGUAAUCGUUGUGUAUUGAAGUUUGAUCAUCACUGUCCAUGGGUUGGGAAUUGUAUUGGGGAACGAAAUCAUUCUGCAUUCGUUGUAUUUCUAUUCUGUCAAACUAUUUCAAUUUGGUGGUGUUUAUAUUACUGUUGGUAUUCAUUGGUUGAAGCGUCAAAAUGGAAUAUUUGGUUUAAGAACAAUAGUCUAUUCUUAUUUUUUAUAAUAAUGCUUAUUAUUUGUGGAGUACCGGUUACUGUAAUACUUGGAUUUCAUAUCUAUUUGGCUUUAGUCAAUAAAACAACAUGGGAAACAGUAGCACAUGAUCGUAUUACUUAUUUACAAAGUUUAAGAUCUGAUGAAAAUCCUUUCAAUCAAGGUUUCUUAUGGAAUUGUUAUGCUUUUUGUUGUUCUCGUCAUCCAUACGGUUGGGAUCGUAUUUAUGCUAAUUCUGCUGAACGAUAUACAGCAACGACUACUAAUACGAAUACUGCUAGUCCACUGAAUUUGAAUGAAUCAAAUAAUACUAAUACUAAUAAUAUAAAUGUACUUGUAAAUGUCCCAACUAAUACAGUCAUGACAAUGUGA